CGGUGAGUGCGUGAGUGCGUGAGUCAUUUUUCGGGGGUUUGAGUUAGGGUAGGGUGUCUCUCUCUCUCUCUCCUGGGAUUUGGGACUAAUUUAUUUGAGACUUGGGGUUUGUCGGAUUAUAUUAUUCUGUUUUGGGGGGUCAAUGUAUAGUUGUAUGGUUUGUAUUGGUGUUCUUGGGUUUGGGAUUAGGGAUGUGAUGUGAUGUGUUUGUUAUAUUGGAGAUAUAUGUACUGACCCUUUAGGUCGAAUUGUGGUUGGUAUUUGUAAACUGUCUGAACUACUGGUAUGUAUAAACUAUGCUUGGAACUCCUUGUAGAGUAUCAAAUGAAAUAUGGAGUGAAAAUGAAUAUACCAAAACCGACGUCCUUUAGUGCAGGGUCGGGGUUGAAUCCAUGAGGGUUGGCUACUCAAGUCACGCACGUCCUUAGGAUUCUGUUCCUGAUUUGCUUCCAUAAGAGGGUGAUCAACUGUGACUUGUUUUUUUGGUAAUAUACUCUACAUCAUGCAUAUUCUUAGGUUCUGAGUGGGAAUUAUAAGAUGAUUAAAUACAGUAAUAUGUGUGGUAGAGGAGAUUUGGUCUGAGGAUUAAGGGUUGUGUUUGCGGAUGGGAUGUAAGCUCUCUCUUCAUUGUCUAGAUUGCCAAUACAAUUCGCGUACUGUAAUCUGGUUACGAUGGGGCAGCUCAUUCUGGAGCGCUUUAGUGGGAAGAAGUAUGCUAUACAUCUUGAGUUGCGUUUGGAUUGGGACUACCGUAUUGGGCACAUCUAGGGCUGCCUUUGCGUUGGAGAAACGAAGGGUGUAUGAAUGAGUUUGCGCAGUGGGCAUAC